AUGCUGUCGGAAGGUUACCUUUACAGAAUUGCCUACAUUUGUGAAGACCUGAACCGUGAGCUCUACAAUAAGAGUUUGGCUGAGGAAGUGGUGUAUGAAAUGAGGUCCAUUAAUUAUUCUUCCACAGAUGAAGCACAAGGAAAAAGCCUCCUUCAGAGAUGCAGAUAUGCUGGCAAGUGCAUUUCUUCUGUCUGCUCUAGAGGUAGCAAGCAUAGCAGGAGGCAGAAGGAUAAUCUACAACCUAUGCAGCACCCCGCAACCAUGGAGCAGCCAUCUCCAUCUAUGCAUGUCUGUGAGGGGCUGACAAAAAAAGAUACCUACCUGGUUCCUCCUUCCUGCAAGAGCAUUUGUAAAAACUACAAUGAUUUGCAUAUAGCUGGGGACUAUGUGGUACCGAUUAGCUCAGUGACGACAGAUUUUACCUGUGACAGUGGCAUCGGCCCCUUCUUGGAGUCUUCAGAAAUUCCUCCCCCCAUGGAGUCCAUGAGGGUCCCCCCCACCAGUGACACCAUUCGCAAACCAGGCCAAGGCUACUCCUCAUGCUGGCGGAUGGCGAGCUUAGUGCCCCACCAGCAGCCCCUCUCUGACUCAGCCCUGAACAACUAUCUUGAACAGAAGCUGGUGGAGCUCUAUAAGCAGUACAUCAUGGAUAGCACAGCAAACAGAGCAUCCCCCACUCACAUCCUGGCCUCGGAACUUAUCAUGACUAAUGUAGAUCAAAUCAGCAUGCAGAUAUCACGGGAGAGGAAUAUGGAGACCACCAAGGCCAAAGACAUUGUCAUUAGCCGCUUCUUACAAAUAGCCAGUGGAAAAAUAUCCUCAGAAAUUAGCACACCUAGUCUGCAUAUUUCCCCGUAA